AUGUACAAAUGGCGCAAUCUUCAAAGUGCCCUUCUACCCCGAUAUUCAAGUCUUGUUUUUCAUCCGGUUCUUGGCACUCGUCAAUGCCUUUCCGAUGGCAUUUAUCCUAUAUUCAUGCAAAGAGUACAGUUUUCAACUGCUGAAAGUCUCCUGUCUUCUUCUCCUUCCUUCAGAAGGUGGGAAGAUUGGCAAGUGGAACAGGGUAUCGCGGCAACGCAAUCAAUAUGGACUUUGCGCCAUAGAGCCUUCCAGGCCGUGAAGCAUCGUAUGUCACAUUUAGAGCGAACAGAAGUCUAUUCCGUGACCGUUGGCAUGUCAUGCCCUACACCGUACGCACCAAUUGUCCAGCUUCGGCAUACCACUUGGACG